AUGCAAGAACUAGAACGUAAAUUGCAAAAUAAAAGUAUGCAGACAAAAAUGAAGAAUGAGAAAAUUCAGCUGAAAGCUAUCUAUGAAAACAAACUACAAAUGACUCGAGAAAAGUAUGAGAGGGAUAUGGAAUAUGAAAAACAAAAGAUGGAACGUCAGUUUGGUGCCCGUUAUCAAGAGAAAAUCCGUAAAUUGAAUUUAUUAAAAAGUAUUGUGAAUGAGCACAGCUCAGACACUUCCACAUCAAACACCAAUAGCACACCUUCAACUACACCACGGCACCCAAUGAAAUUAAGGACAUUUACUGCUCCAGCUACUGCUCCAAAACCUGCUCCUGCUCCUCGUAGACCUGUGGGAAAACUUCCUGUGGCAAAAUCUAUGCAUGAUCUCCACCAAAUUGGAGCCACACCCAAAUCUGUUCCAACUUCAACAAGCAAUCCAAAACAUCGGCGCUCAAAAUCAUCUUCAAAUGCUGAGAUCUGGCUUGAACAUAAAGCACGCAACCAGGAGAUAGAUACAGUUCUUCAGCCAAAGUUAAAGAAAAAACGUUCAGUAUCGAGGCUGACUGAAAAAGACACUAAAGAUGUGAAUAAAUAUUGUUUGAAUCAUCAGGAAGUUGGUUCUGAUGGAGAAUUAUGCCUAAAAUUUUACAAGGGUAAUGUUGCUCCAACUGUGACAGGAGGUUGUACAAUGGUGUUUGAUGAAGUCGAAGAAGUAAAAUGCCAUGCUCCAGGCAAUGACCGUAAACGCCAUAGUUCCUGUUCAAACAUUCCUGAACAUGAGAAUAAUGGCCACUGGACAGACACCGAAGAAAGAUGUUCUUAUGCAAUCAAUGGAUAUGGAAACAAGAAAACCAAGGCAUUUCAUGUGUAG